GCAGCAGCAACAGCAACGCCAGCAGCAGCAACACCAGCAACAUAUGAAGUUUUUGGGUGGUAACGAUGAUCGCAAUGGCCGCGGAGGCGUCGGCGUUGGCACGGAUGCCAUUGUGGUAGGAUCUCGCGGUGGCGUUGCCCAGGAUGCCGCCGAUGCAGCCGGUGCCGCCGCAGCCGCCGCCGUCGGCUAUGUCUUCCAGCAACGCCCAUCUCCCGGAGGCGUGGGCGUGGGCGGAGUGGGUGGCGGCGUGCCAGGGGUUGGUGCUGUGGGCUCGACCUUGCACGAGGCCGCUGCCGCCGAGUACGCCGCUCACUUUGCCCAGAAGCAACAGCAGACACGAUGGGCGUGCGGUGACGACGGCCAUGGGAUUGAUAACCCGGACAAAUGGAAGUACAAUCCGCCGAUGAAUCCGGCUAACGCUGCCCCUGGCGGACCGCCGGGAAAUGGUAGUAAUGGUGGCCCCGGCGCCAUUGGAACCAUCGGCAUGGGCAGCGGACUGGGCAGCAUGGGCGGCGGUGGAGGCGGCGGUGGAGGCGGCGGAGGAGCUGGUGGCGGGAAUAAUAGUGGAUCCGGCACAAAUGGCGGCCUCCAUCAUCCAUCGAUGGCCGCUGCAGCAGCCAAUAUGGCCGCCAUGCAACAGGCGGCGGCGGUGGCCAAGCACAAUCACAUGAUGUCGCAGGCAGCAGCCGCAGCUGCAGCUCAACAGCAGCAGCAACAUCAGCAGCAUCCACACCAGCAACAUCCCCAGCAGCAACAACAGCAGCAGCAGCAGCAGGCUCAGAAUCAGGGGCAUCCACAUCACCUAAUGGGCGGUGGCAAUGGACUGGGCAAUGGCAACGGUCUGGGAAUCCAACAUCCCGGCCAGCAGCAGCAGCAACAGCAGCAGCAGCAGCAACAUCCCGGCCAGUAUAACUCGAAUUUGCUCAACCAUGCAGCUGCCUUGGGUCACAUGUCAUCGUAUGCCCAAUCGGGCGGCAGUAUGUACGACCAUCAUGGUGGAGCCAUGCAUCCGGGAAUGAACGGGGGAAUGCCCAAGCCACCGCCACUGGGUCCUCCUGGAGCCGGAGGACCGCAGGACUAUGUCUACAUGGGUGGCCAGACCACCGUGCCCAUGGGCGCCGCAAUGAUGCCGCCCCAGAAUCAAUAUAUGAACAGCUCCGCUGUUGCAGCUGCCAAUCGGAAUGCAGCGAUCACCACAUCCACUGCCAAGAAAUUGUGGGAGAAAUCCGAUGGCAAGGGCGUUUCCUCGAGCAAUCCCGGUGGACCGCUGAAUCCCUUGCAGAUUCCCGGCAUCGGGGAUCCGUCUUCGGUAUGGAAGGACCACACCUGGUCCACACAGGGCGAGAACAUCCUGGCCCCGCCCCCAUCGCGAGCCUACGCCCAUGGCGGAGCCUCCGAUACGUCGAACAGCGGCAAUGCGGGCAUACUGAGUCCCCGCGAUUCGACUUGCGCCAAAGUGGUUGAAUAUGUUUUCAGUGGUUCGCCCACCAACAAGGAGAGCCCCCUUUCUGGAUUAGAGCCGCGUUUGCGCAACUUGAAGUUUGACGACAACGAUAAGUCACGCGAUGAUAAGGAGAAGGCAAACUCUCCGUUUGAUACAAACGGAUUGAAGAAGGACGAUCAGGUCACAAACACAAAUGGUGUUGUCAACGGCAUUGACGAUGACAAGGGCUUCAAUCGCACCCCUGGUUCACGUCAGCCAUCCCCAGCGGAGGAGUCACUGCCACGUCCCCCAAAUCUACUCUUCCCCCCACUGCCGCCCCCCUUCAACCACAUGCUCAUGGAUCAUGGCCAGGGCAUGGGUAGCGGUUUGGGAGGGGUCGUCGGAUCUGGCAACGGGGUCGGCGGAGGGGGCGGCGGAGGCGGGGCGGGCGGAGCGUAUGCGGCCCAUCAGCAAAUGGCCGCCCAAAUGAGUCAGUUGCAGCCGCCGAUGAUGAACGGCGUUGGCGGCGGAAUGCCAAUGGCAGCACAGUCACCCAUGUUGAAUCACCAGGCAGCUGGACCCAAUCAUAUGGAAUCUCCCGGAAAUCUCUUGCAGCAGCAAAAUUUUGAUGUUCAGCAACUGUUCCGCUCGCAGAAUCCGGGCCUUGCAGCAGUUGCCACAAAUGCGGCCGCAGCAGCCGCCGCAGCAGCUGCCACAUCGGCAGCGAGUGCUGCGGCAGCGGUGGGCGCUGCCCCCGUUCCCAACGGAUCGCUGCAACAGUCGCAGCAGCAACAGCAGCAGCAACAACAGCAGCAACAGAUGCAAAUGGCGGCCGCGUCGCAACAGUUUUUGGCCGCCCAGCAGGCGCAAAAUGCGGCGUAUGCCGCCCAACAGGCCACGCCCUACGUCAUCAAUCCGGGCCAGGAGGCUGCCCCCUAUAUGGGCAUGAUUGCCGCUGCCCAAAUGCCGCAGUACUACGGCGUAGCGCCCUGGGGCAUGUAUCCGGGCAAUCUGAUUCCGCAACAGGGAACGCAGCCGCGACGCCCCCUCACCCCCUCGCAGCAGGGUGCCGAGAAUCAGCCGUAUCAGGUCAUCCCGGCCUUCCUCGAUCACACGGGCUCCUUGCUGAUGGGAGGACCCCGCACCGGGACGCCCAUGCGUCUGGUUAGCCCCGCCCCCGUUCUGGUGCCCCCGGGCGCCACCCGUGCCGGUCCUCCGCCCCCGCAGGGCCCACAGCUGUAUCAGCCGCAGCCGCAGACGGCCCAACAGAAUCUCUACUCGCAGCAGAAUGGCUCCAGUGUCGGAGGUCUCGCCUUGAACACGAGCUCGUUGACGGGUCGCCGCGACUCCUUCGACCGCAGCACCUCCGCCUUCAGUCCCUCGGCGAUGGACUACACCAGCAGCGGUGUGGCGGCGGCCGCCAAUGCAGUGAACAGCACAGUGGCCCAGGCAGCAGCAGCAGCGGCCGCAGCAGCCGCCGCAGCGCGUGGCAAGUGGCCGGGAGCGAUGUCGGGCGCGGCCAGCGGGGCCUACGGAGCUUUGGGAGCGGGCAAUGCCUCGGCCAGUCCGCUGGGCGCCCCACUCACACCGCCGCCAUCGGCGCAGUCCUGCCUUUUGGGCAGUCGGGCCCCGGGCGCCGAGUCCCGCCAGCGGCAGCAGCAGCAGCAGCAACAACAGCAGCAGCAGCAACUGGCCGCCGUCGGUCUGCCGGCCACUGCAGCCGCCCAGGCAGCGGUGGCAGCGGCCGCCAACAACAUGUUCGGAUCGAAUAGCUCGCUCUUCUCGAAUCACCUGGCCAUUCCGGGCACCGCAGCCGUGGCAGCAGCGGCGGCAGCAGCAGCAGCGGCCAACUCGCGACAGGUGGCGGCCACGGCGGCGGCAGCGGCGGCGGUGGCAGCGGCAGCCGGCGGAGUGGGCGGGGCCCCGCAGCCGGGCAGAUCCCGCCUCCUCGAGGACUUCCGCAACCAGCGGUAUCCGAAUCUCCAGCUGCGCGAUCUCGUCAACCACAUUGUGGAGUUCUCGCAGGACCAGCACGGCUCGCGGUUCAUCCAGCAGAAGCUGGAGCGCGCCACCGCUGCCGAGAAGCAGAUGGUGUUCAGCGAGAUCCUGGCCGCGGCCUAUAGCCUGAUGACCGAUGUCUUUGGCAACUAUGUCAUCCAGAAGUUCUUCGAGUUCGGCACGCCCGAGCAGAAGAACACGCUGGGCAUGCAGGUCAAGGGUCAUGUGCUGCAGCUGGCGCUGCAAAUGUACGGCUGCCGGGUGAUCCAAAAGGCCCUCGAGAGCAUCUCGCCGGAGCAGCAGCAGGAGAUCGUGCACGAGCUGGACGGGCAUGUGCUGAAGUGCGUCAAGGAUCAGAACGGCAAUCAUGUGGUGCAGAAGUGCAUCGAGUGCGUCGAUCCGGUGGCCCUGCAGUUCAUCAUCAAUGCGUUCAAGGGGCAGGUCUACUCGCUGAGCACCCAUCCCUACGGCUGCCGGGUGAUCCAGCGGAUCCUCGAGCACUGCACCGCCGAACAGACCACGCCCAUUUUGGACGAGCUGCACGAGCACACCGAGCAGUUGAUCCAGGACCAAUACGGCAACUAUGUGAUUCAGCAUGUGCUAGAACACGGCAAGCAGGAGGACAAGUCUAUUCUGAUCAACAGCGUGCGCGGCAAGGUUCUGGUGCUAUCGCAACACAAGUUCGCCUCGAAUGUAGUCGAGAAAUGCGUGACCCAUGCCACGCGUGGCGAACGCACUGGCCUCAUAGACGAGGUCUGCACCUUCAACGACAACGCGUUGCACGUGAUGAUGAAGGAUCAGUAUGCCAACUAUGUGGUCCAGAAGAUGAUCGACGUUUCGGAGCCGACGCAGCUGAAGAAGCUGAUGACCAAGAUCCGGCCCCACAUGGCCGCCUUGCGCAAGUACACCUAUGGCAAGCACAUCAACGCCAAGUUGGAGAAGUACUACAUGAAGAUAACCAAUCCCAUUACGGUGGGCACUGGCGGAGCUGGCGGAUCGCCGGCCUCCUCGUCGGCGGUGCCGCCGGUCAGCGCAUCGUCAUCGGUGACCGCCUGCACCAGUGGCAGCAGCACCACCACAACCAGCACCACCAACAGCCUGGCCUCGCCCACCAUUUGCUCGGUGCAGGAGAACGGCAGCGCCAUGAUUGUGGAGCCCUCCUCCCCGGAUGCCUCCGAGUCCUCAUCCUCGGUGGUAUCGGCGGCUGUCAACAGCGGCUUGGGCCCCAUUGGACCCCCGACCAACGGCAACGUUGUGCUGUAAGGGAAUAGCAACA